AUGGGCUCAGUCGACUUUUGGGCCAAAGUGGCUUGCGGCGUCAGUUUCGCUGUUAUUCUCUUCAAUAUUUCCUGCUUGGGAUUUCUUUUCAAUGAAAUUAAUACCUUUUACUAUGACGUCAUCGACACUAUGAACGAUUUUGAGGUUUCCUUUUUUGUGAAUUUUGUCCUUGAAGAAUUCAAAAAUAACAUUUGCAGUUUCACGAGCAAGAAGCCUGGCAGAAGAUGGUCCAGACGACGCGUGCGCCUUCCAACGACCGCUUAUUCUCCUUCGGAAGAUCGAAACGACAGUCGCAGCAGUGCAACUGCGGCCAGCAGAGCCAGAACUGCCCUCAAGGACCUCCCGGACCGCCAGGACUCCCCGGAGAAACUGGCGAAGAAGGCCUUCCGGGCAUGGCCGGGCCUCCUGCUCAGUCUCCGAUAGGCUAUAAAGACGGCUUCGGCCUAGGUUCGAAGUGCUUCGAAUGUCCAGCUCGUCCUGGCCCUCCAGGUCCAGACGGCCUUCCUGGCGCCCCUGGUCCUGACGGCCCUCCUGGCCUCUCCUCUGCCGAGUUCAAUCGCGGACCACCCGGUCCUCCUGGACCUCGCGGAGACGCUGGUUUGCCAGGAUCUAUGGGAGAGAUUGGAAGACAAGGACCGCCUGGGAAGCCUGGAAUUCGAAUGAUCAGAACAGCUGGACCGAUGGGAAUGCCUGGUCCGAUGGGCAUGUCUGGCAUUCCCGGACGUCCUGGAGCUGAUUCGAUGCGAGUUGGAGCUCCUGGUCCGAUGGGAGCUGAGGGAGCUCCCGGCGUCGCUGGAAUGCCAGGAAAAGAUGGAAAACCUGGUAUGCCUGGCCUCGACGGACCGCCAGGAAAUGAUGCUCGUCAGUUUUUUUUUUCGAUAAAUCUUUCUAAACGAAUUCUCUCUUUGCAGAAUACUGUCCUUGUCCGAUGCGCACCGUUGCCGUCGUCUUACAACGUUUCUCGCAACGUCGCUUCUCUAAAGUUGUCUGA